CAGACACGCCUGGACACUGACACGCAGGAAGGCGCUUUAUGAUUUAUCUACUGUAACUUCUAUCUUCUAAGUUCAGUUGAAGAAAGAUGCAGGGCCAGGAAUGACGGCUUGCCUGACUGGCAUGAAGACGCGCAGUGCUGGGUCCUCACUGCUGAGUGAAUGGUGAAAGGAUUAAGUAGAAUGUGCUGCCCCGCUACUAAGAUUACUAGGAGUGACUCCUCAGCAGACACGAUGGACAUAGUGACAGACAAGCCCAGUACCUGACAGAGAAUGUGAGAGGCCUUCUGGGACCUCAUAAUUGGGGUUGGCUGGCGCUGCAGUCAUCCAAGGACAAUGUUACUUCCCGAUUGGAUCGCUGCGAUUGGUUCGACUGAGCCGCCACCUGACCAUCACUUGUUCAAAUUGCUCCAAGAAAGCCUCUGCGGUUCGUCCAGAGCAGUGGGACUCCAGUCUUCUCCCCAAGCACGGCAGCAAAGGCUCAGCGAGUCCGACGAUUCAAGGGAGCGCUGCAUUGUUCAGGAUUCCGCACCCGGUCCUAAUCCUCCCCCAGACGGUCCUCCACCGCCUCUAAAGGAGUUUGUCUUCAGCUGGCAGUCCACUAUCUCAGAUCAAAGUCCGUUGUCAAUCCCCCCCGUCCAGCGCCCCAAGGCUGUUCCUGAGCUUGGUCUCUUUGUCUUUGAUGAUGGCCUUACAGUCUUUGUCGUUGACACGAGAAGAGCCAAGGCAACGCUCACAUGGCAGGUGUCAGCACAGAGCCUGCUGCAGGGGUGGGAGGUCUUUGAUGCGCACUUGUACGUGGUGGACGGGACCGUGCUGUCGCGCUACGACCUCUUAGCUGAGAAGCCCACCACUGUCGCAACGUUGGACCUUUAUGACGGGCCUGCAAGCGAGUCUCAGCGGCUCAACGCCGCUCUGCACGCCGCCUGGCAGGGCCGACAGUGGGUGUCCCUCUUGUACUGGCUGUAUUCUGAGGCCGUCGGCAUUUCGGAGAGCCUGCCGCGGCCGCAGAUUGACCUAGUGGCAGGGUUUAAGAAGUAUUUCCUCACUAUCGCCCCAAAGCUGCCAAAAGACUACGUCUUCUCUCUCCCCAUGGUGCCUAACCCCUCGCUGCCAGCCCCUGUCCCUGUCAUCACCCGGGAACAGCUCACGGGGGACCGAACCUGCCAGCUGUUCCUAGCGUUGUUGGAUGUGCUCCAGGUGUUGGGCAUGCCUUACCGCAGCGGCGUUGACCCGCCAACGGUGUGCGCCUACAUGAAGGACCACCCCGAAGAGGCAAUCAACUUGCUCUGGUGUUGCCGGGAGGGCUACUUGGGCCUCGGCGUGAACGCUUUCGAUGCAAAGAGUCGGGAGUUGGACGAUUUGUUGGCCGGAAAUGCACUCAGGUUCUCUGCGCCGGUGUUCAGCAGCACAGACCGCGGGCUCUUCGUUCUUUGCUCAAACGGGUCGGUGCUGAACAUCGAAUGGGAUACAGGAGGCAUGCCUGCUGCCAUGGGAGUUGUGCGGAGGUAUCCGUCAGUGACAACACAGGCGGUGGUUCGGUCGGGCCUUGUAUUGUGCGACCCUGCUGCGGCGCUCUUCUUCCUUUCGGAGGACAAGGGCCUUUGUUCAGUCUCAUUGCGAGGGGCGGCGCCACAGAACUUCCCACCCCCGCAAGCCCCGGAUCCAGCCACUUUCCAGUACCAGUGGGAUUCCGCCUACACAAGCCUGCAGCGUAUGCCCCCGGUGUUCAGCGUCUCUCGGCAAGUCUGGGCGUCCCUGCCAGCUCUAUAUGCGUUUCAAAUUCCAGACGGGGGCGACGCGCCCUUUAGCGCGCCGCUGUGGCAGCCACUCCCCGGCGACCGCUUCACCUCCGUCGAGGUGGAUGAGGACAGCGGGACGUUGCUGAUCGUAAACAGCAGUGGCUCAGCCAGUUCUUACAGCCUCAACGUGCCUCCAGGCUCCGCUCUGCGUUUGGUUGGGCAGACCACGACCACCUUCAACAACGCAAUCGAGCCAGGCCGUUACCCUCUUCCCGCCUGUUCCGCAGCGCUGAUCAAGCCCGUAGCAUCCUCCGCCAACGGCGCGGCUUCCCCUCCUAAACUGCUGCUCGUCGAGACGGACUCCCAGUACGGGUCCGCUUCAGGCACUGCGUUCGCUGUAGCCUCUCGUCUAAGCGAGCCUGGUGGCCCUUUUCAAGACGGCGAUGUAACACGCCUGGGGACGAUCCCAGGCAUUGCCUUCAGUGCCCCCAUCGGGUUUUACAACGAGCAAACGGACCAACCGCAGGCGGUUGUCGCUUGGGGCAGUGGACCUCCAUCGCAGCUGUUGGACGAGUUGGCACCCGCACCUGGGGCCCAAUCGCUGGCGUCUUCCGCAUGGAGUCGCGCCAUUGUUGGCAAGUCGCCAGCUGAACUGAUGGCCAGCGCACCGCCAAUUGGGUUGGGGUUGCGUCCGGGGCUGACCAGCAUCCCGUUGUAAAGUGGCUAUGUGGUUGGUAGAACGCCCCCUGGUAGUUAGACCGUUUGCUUUUCAGCAGGACAUCUUGUGCUCGCUUAGUUGUCUAGGCUGGAGAUGAAGGAUCUGACCGUCGUCAGAAGGGAAUUCAAUCAGAUAGGUGAUAGUACUUUGACCCCAAAACAUGAGCAGGAAGAGGCAAAAAGUGCGUCAGAACAGGUUGCCUGUCAUUGCGAGCCUGAGCAACGAUAAUAACUCAGGUCCUACUCAAUCAUAUCGUCUGUCUCCAUGC